UGGGCAGCCGCACACCAUGCUCCUCCCAGUGCUGCUGCUUGCGGGGCUCCGCGGCUUGCUAGCAGCAGGGCCAGGUUUUCAAAGUUCAUUUCUACAAAUUGUGUUUCCAGAAAAAAUCCAAGCAAGUACAAGUGAUAAUUCAAAGAUGGAAAAUGAACAAAUAUCCUACAUUAUUCCAAUAGACAUGAAACCAUAUACAGUGCACCUUAAGCAAAGAUACUUUUUAGGAGAAAAUUUUAUGAUCUAUCAGUAUAAUCAAGGUUCUGUGACUUCGCGUGAUUCAAGUUUACAGACUAACUGCUACUAUCAAGGAAAUGUUGAAGGAUACCCAAGUGCUGUUGUCACACUCAGCACGUGUUCUGGACUGAGAGGAAUACUUCAAUUUGAAAAUGUUUCAUUUGGAAUUGAGCCGUUAGAAUCUGCAGUUGAAUAUCAUCAUCUUCUUUACAAAUUAAUGAAUAAAAAUAACAUAUCUACAAUUCUUGCUGAAAAUAACCAAGAUACAGAACAAAAAACCCCAAUGAACUACAAGAUUUUUAUCAGUGAAAAAUUCCAACCAGCAUUUACAAAUUUAAUUCCUCUUUAUCUAGAAAUGCAUAUUGUGGUGGACAAACUUUUGUAUGAUUACUUGGGCUCUGAUAGUAUUGUGGCAACAAAAAAAGUCAUCGAAAUUAUUAGUCUUAUAAAUUCUAUGUUUGCCCAAUUUAAAGUUACCAUUGUGCUAUCAUCAUUGGAGUUGUGGUCAGAUGAGAAUAAAAUUUCUACAGCCGUUAAGGCAGAUGCAUUAUUGCAUGCAUUUUUAGAAUGGAAAGAUUCUUAUCUUACUCUAAGGCCUCAUGAUAUUGCUUAUCUAUUCAUUUAUAGAGAUCAUCCAGAUUAUGUGGGAGCAACAUUUCCUGGAAAGAUGUGUGUUACUAAUUAUUCUGCAGGAAUCGCAUUGUAUCCCAAGGAGAUGACUCUGGAAGCGUUCUCAGUUAUUGUGACCCAGAUGCUGGGGCUUAGUCUCGGAAUGUCAUAUGAUGACCCAAAGAAAUGUCACUGUUCAGGAGCCAUUUGCAUAAUGAAUCCUGAAGCUUUGCGAUACAGUGGUGUGAAGACUUUUAGCAAUUGUAGUUUGAAUGACUUUGGAAAUUUCAUUUCAAAUAUGGGUGCCAGAUGUCUGCAGAAUAAGCCACAGCUGCAAAUUCCAGCGGCAUUCUGUGGCAAUGGUAAAGUGGAGGGAAAUGAAGCCUGUGACUGUGGUACUGUUGCCCAAUGUGGACCUAAUAGCUGUUGUGAGCCCAGGACUUGUACGCUGAGACAUGGAGCACAGUGUGGUGGAGGAGUAUGUUGUAGGCCAGACUGCCAAUUUCAAAAUAAUGCUUUCGAAUGUAGGCCCCGAGCUCAUCCUGAAUGUGAUAUUCCUGAAUUUUGUAAUGGAAGCUCAGGCAGCUGUACGCCUGACAUAACUAUACAUAAUGGACGUUUAUGCGAACAAGGAAAGUUUAUGUGUUAUGAUGGAAAGUGCCAUGAUCUUGAUGCACGAUGUGAGACCUUAUUUGGAAAAGGUUCAAAAAAUGCUCCAUUUCCAUGCUAUGAAGAAAUACAAUAUCAUAACGAUAGGUUUGGGAACUGUGGUAUAGACCAAGGCAGAUUUAUAACUUGUAGUUGGAGGAAUCUUAUAUGUGGAAGAUUAAUUUGUACCUACCCUACUCAAGUUCCUUACCAGAAGGAAAAUAUUUCUGUGAUUUAUGCUUUUGUACGAGAUACUACCUGUAUAACUAUAGACUACAGAUUGCCUCGCUCUGUUCCAGAUCCAAUGCAAGUCUAUAGUGGCUCUGCUUGUGACACAGGGAGGGUUUGUGUGAAUCAUAAAUGUGUGGAAGCAAAGUAUGUCAGGGAGGCAGAAACUAAUUGUUCAGUCAAGUGCCGUGGACAAGGAGUGUGCAAUUCCAAACUUGAAUGCCAUUGUUUUCCGGGCUUUCGAGGUCACGAUUGUUCAACAAGAAGCAGAAAAGCUUCUGAAUUUCCUGUAGGACCAGAUUUAAUUGCCGAGAGAACUUCCAAGAAGACUGAAAAGACCCAAUGGCUUCUGGGUGUCUACACUUUUGUGCCUACUCUCUUCAUAGCAGUCAUAAUAGCUGUUUCAUGGAGUCGUUUGAAGAAGAGGUUUAUCAAGGAAGAGGAAACUUCGCUAAAUAGCGAAUCAGAAGACAGUGCUAAAACAAAUGCCAGCAGAUCCACAUCAGAAAACAGUAAUCCAACCGAUGGCACCAGGUCUGAAACUAGUGUCCAAACAGAAACCAGCAGGUCUAAAUCACAGGAAAGUACCUAAAGACAAAACAGUAUUAACUAGCUUUUCCUUCAGAAGGCAGUGGAUAAGACAGGAGUCACAAGAAGAAAUGAAAAUUCAGCUUUUCUUACCCGGGUCACAACUGAAGGAAGCAAUAAACCAAGUGUGAACCAA